AUGCCAGAGUCAGUGUUGGCAGUAAGAAAGAAAGAUGUCAUCAAUAUCCAGCCUGAGAUCACGGAAGACGAAGAGAAAGAACCAGCGCAAGCAUCACCAACCAGUACCAUAGUAACCGACAGUGAUGAGCUGGAGCCAGGAGAAGCGGACACGUUAGAAAUCGCCACAUAUCCGCUCCCUGAAAGUGAUAGCGAACAGGAAUCUAGCAGCCCUGGAGACGUGCCCUAA